UUGUGCUGCCCAGGUGAGCAGUGGGUAGUGGUGUGCUUGAAACCCUCUUGCGGCUUGCUCUGCGGCCCUGCCGGGGAGGAUUCGAACCCGCUUCGGAAAUAUUAGAAAGGCGUGAUUUCCAAAGCCAAUUAUGAAGACAUUUGUCAUUGGAAUUGGUGGCGUGACAAACGGAGGGAAGACAACACUGGCUAAGAACUUGCAGAAACAUCUUCCCAAUUGCAGCAUAAUAUCUCAGGAUGACUUCUUCAAGCCAGAGUCUGAGAUAGACAUAGAUGAAAAUGGUUUUUUGCAGUAUGAUGUGCUUGAAGCACUUAACAUGGAAAAAAUGAUGUCAGCCAUUUCCUGUUGGAUGGAAAACCCAAGAAGCUCUGCAGGACCAGCAGCCUUGGAAAGUGCUCAAGGGGUUCCCAUUUUAAUUAUUGAAGGUUUCCUUCUCUUUAAUUACAAGCCUCUGGACACCAUAUGGGACAGAAGCUACUUCCUGACCGUUCCAUAUGAAGAGUGUAAGAGGAGGAGAAGUACGAGAGUAUAUGAGCCUCCAGACCCUCCAGGGUACUUCGAUGGCCAUGUGUGGCCCAUGUACCUAAAGCACAGACAGGAGAUGAACGCCGUCACUUGGGACAUUGUUUACCUGGAUGGAACAAGGUCUGAAGAGGACCUCUUCUCUCAAGUGUUUGAAGAUGUCAAGCAAGAGUUAGAGAAGCAAAAUGUGUCAAGGCAAAAGGAGAGAAGGGAGGAGAAAGAACAGAAUGAAUGCCUGGCUGCUGCUGUGAGAGAAGAGACCUGGAUUUACAAUACUCCCAUCAGUCCCUACUACACACAUCACAUCAGUAUCUUGAAGCGCUGAGCAGGAAUCCUGGAUUUCAGAUGGGAACGUGGGCUCCCCAGUUCCCCAAAAAGAAGAAGAAUCUGCCCCUCUGAUACAGUAGCCACAGAAAGGAAAUGAGACAAGAGGAUGACUCCGCCCAGUGGUACCCUCCCUCUAUAGUGUAUUCCGUGAGAGCAAGAGAAUGACUCUGUCCGGUGCUACUGGUAUGGUGCCUGGUGCCCAGUGCCCAGUGCCCUGUAUAGUGUAUACCUCUCUGCCUAUACAUAAUUGACACCCAUAUCCUAUCAUUCCAAUUAGGAGAUUAGGCAUACUUGCUUUUGUUUGUUUGUUUUGAGACCACAUCUCAUGGGUAUAAAUGGAAUAUGGGUACUAGUUUCUUGUAAGACUUGUAAAGACCUACUUUGGAUGUGUUCUGUACAGGUUUAAAUUCAUACAGUGUGUUGACCUUGAAUGUUCUUGUGUGCACAUUCAUAGAUACAUAUACAUAGAUGAACACCUGUCUAUGCGUAUGAGUACUGGGCUGUAUGGUAAGAGCAUGUUUAGUUUUGUCAGAAACUCCUAGAGCCUUUGAUGAACAGUUCUCCAUAUGGCCUUAGACAGACCUAGAUCCCACC